AUGGUGCUUUUGCUGCUAAGAUUCGAACCCAGCGAAGCGUGCAGAUCGCUCCACGAAAGGGAUCAAUACCAAAACCAGAAGCCUCAUCUCUUGUUCAACAUACUGCAAAAGGGCGGCGUCCGUCCUCCUGGGAAUGGGUGCGCCUACACUCCAGGCAAAGGAGGGGCGCCUUGCGUGCAGACCAGAGGCUUCGCAGGCCAUGGGGCGGUGACCCCUCUGGUCGGUCAUGCCAGCGACAAAGAGAUGGUUCAACCCGGUGUGGCCGUGGGAUCGGAAGUGAACGAUUGUAAAAUUUUUAAUGAAUUGGCCGAAGCAAAUUAUGUGUAUAAACAAAUAUCCCUUGACAAAAUUUCAAGAAUACUAUGGUGGCAUCCAGAAGAAAGCAAAGCCUUCAUUAAGAGGUGCAUCAAGUGCGACAAUUUGGAGGCCUUGUACACGCAAGGACUGUAUGAGUAUGUGAGUUUCAUGAAGGUUGAGCUAGGAAUGGAGCUAUUGAGGAGGGCGGCACAGAUUGGGCACCUCGGAGCUUCCUACGUGGUCGGGCUUCUCCUCGUCUGCAAGGGUGGUGAGUUGCAGAAGGAAGGAGUCCAACUAUUGAGAAAAGUCUAUGCGAGCGGGCGAGUGGUGGAAUGCCGCAAGAAGUACCUCAACGUCGUGCGUGACAUGUGGUGGAACAACACGACAAUCUUCGAAGGAGAGCCUCCUCGCUACGACUGCCGGAUGCGGAGCGAGCAUUGCAAGAGAAGGGGAUGGGUGAGCGACAUUGACCAUUACGACAACACCGAAUGUGAACAGUGCAUUUGCCGAGCGGAGAUAGAGAUCCUCUACAAAUACAAAUAUGGUAGACACCCGUGAUCACGAGAGGUUUUUAUUUAUCAAGGUGAUCUAUAAAUCAAGAUCCUCCCAGCCACCACAAUGAAGGAAGAAACUG